AUAUAUCCGACUUGUGACCCCCACCAAAGUUGUGUUCUGUGGUGUUAAACCAAACCCAAAAUCAACUCUCUUCACAGUUAAUGGUGGUUUUUUUCAUGAUUGCAUGAAUAGCCUUUUAUUGGGUCUGGCUAUUGUUUUCAAUUGUCUUUGUCAUAGAGAGCAAGAGAGUACAAAGGACAGUUAAAGAGGAAUAAGAGCAUACUUGAAUAGCGUGAGCCUCAUUAUUUAUACAAUCACCAAUUGGCCUUCACUCAUAGAGACAAUUUCUGAAACCUUAAACCUUAGAAUAAUGUCUUGGCUCCUUAUAAUUCUGUUUCUCAGCCUCACACAUGGUAGUUUUUCAGAGACUAGCCACGACAAGAAGCUUCCUUAUGCUGUUGUGGUUGGCACUGUCUACUGUGACACAUGUUCUCAACAGGAAUUCUCCAUUGGAAGUCAUUUCAUUUCAGGUGCCUCAGUAGUUGCAGAAUGCAAAGAUGGAAAUUCAAUACAAAGUUUCAAGAAAGAAGUGAAGACAAAUGAACAUGGGGAAUUCAAAGUGCAGCUACCAUUCAGAGUGAGGAAACAUGUUAGGAGAAUCAAGGGAUGCACUUUCAAGUUGUUAAGUAGCAGUGAACCUCAUUGUUCUGUGGCCUCAGUUUCCACUUCUUCAGUGAGUCUCAAAACAAGAAAGCAAGGAGAACACACAUUCUCAGCAGGGUUGUUCUCAUUCAAACCAUUACAAAAGCCCAACGUUUGUAACCAAAAUCAAAAUGAAUUUUCUCCAAAUACAUACCCAUCGAAACCUACCCCAGAUAAGACUACAGUGUUCAAAACCAAUCCAACAACCAAAAGUUCAGACAAAUCUAAAUCAGCUAACAAAAAUUUAGCUGAAGAUUUCUUUUUUCCACCAAACCCAUUUUUCCCACCACCAUUGGUCCCCAACCCAUUUCAGCCUCCUCCCCUAAUUCCAAAUCCCUUUCAGCCACCUCCUCUGAUUCCAAAUCCACUGCAACCACCAAGCCCACCACUCAUUCCAAACCCAUUCCAACCACCAAGCCCACCACCACUCAUCCCUAACCCAUUCCAGCCCCCUCCAAGCCCACCAACUCUCUUUCCUAAUCCUUUCCAGCCCCCUCCAAGCCCACCACCACUUAUCCCUAACCCAUUCCAGCCUCCUCCAAGCCCACCACCAUCUUUGUUUCCCCCUUUCCCACCAAUAGUAAUACCAGGUUUGACCCCAUCACCACCACCACCUCCACCACCAAAACCAAUUUUCCCUCCUUUGCCUCCUCUAUUCCCACCUCUGUUCCCUCCACCUCACACCCCUGGCACACCCCCUGCUUCUGCUUCUAAGAACCACCCUUAUCCUUGAUUAGUUAGAAUACCAACUAGUUAGUAUAAUUUUCUCAAUAAAUAUUUACAGAAAAAGAAAAUAAAAAGAAUCAAAGAGGUGAUUUUACCUUAUGAAUUCAUUAUUAUUUUCUUCUUUCUAAAAAUAUUUAUUAAGAAAAUGAUCCUGAUUAGUUUUGUAUCGUGUACAACUUAUUUACUUUCAUUAUAAGUCUUGAUAUAUACGGUAUGAUAUAAAUAGCUAAACAUGAGGAUGGAUAUGUCGCUAAUACAUUAUUGCAGUAUUAGUAAUUAGUAAUAAAUAUGAGGAUAUGGACAUCUUAGAGUUUCAAUCUUGUAAAUUUCUGUUACUUGUGCAGUUGGUAUCUUUGAAUUGUUCUGGAAAUGCACACUUAUAAAUUGUGAUUUGAUUAUA